GUACUCAGAGCAGCCCACGCUUCCUGCACUGACACCCCACCCCACGUCUGCACCCUCUUCCCGAGGGAUACAUCCCUGUGGCUGCCAUUGCGGAGGAAAUCCUCUCUUGAGACCCCACCCCCUCAGUCAAAAGUGACUAGAAACACCCAGCACGGUCCCUGGGGUUCUCACUACAAGUUCUGGAAGCCCCGGAUGGAUGCCAGGUGCGGGCUGUGCAGAUGCUAAGGAGCCGCUGCAGGCGCUGCUGGGACACUUGGCUGCAGCUGGUCCCUGCUCAGUGACACAUGCCAGACAGGCCUCCCUAGCCCUCCCUCCAUAUCGCCCGCAAGCAGCCGAGCCCAGUUCCCUUAUCUGGGGCGGCCAGGAGGCCCGGGGAAUCAGAGGCGGGUCCAGGGGGAGGUGGAGGACUCGACAACUUCCUGGUUUCCUUCGAAGGCUGAGUCACAGCCUGGGGGUCCGGGGAGCCUUCCCGGGCUUUCCUUCAGCUCCUCCCGGAGCAGCCCCGCCUGGAGGCAGAGCGAUCAGGGAGACGCGGUGGCUUCUCCUGCCCCUAGGGGUCAGGGCCGCCCGCUGGGCUGGCAGGAAGCCCGUGUCUCCAGUCCCAGGCCCGGCCCUGCGGGCUCGGCCAAGGGGCAGCCCGGCGAUGGCUAACUACACGGACGAUGAUGACUACGACGUCCUCAUCAUCUACGACCCUCUGCCUGACAACGAGACCCUCGAAAGGGACGGCGCCGAGCAAUGCCCCCCGUACGACCCCGCCGUCCUCUCGGCCCAGCUGCUGCCUCAGCUCUUCACCACGGUGUUCCUGCUGGGCCUCCUGAGCAACAUCUUGAUGGUGUCCGUCCUGGCCAAAUGCCACCGGCUCCGCCAGGUGGAGCACAUCUACUUCCUGAACUUGGCCGCGUCUAAUCUGUGCUCCUUGCUCACCUUGCCCAUCCAGGCUCACGCCGCCUCCCACGGGGGCACCCUGAGCCACCCCACGUGCACAGUUCUCGUGGCCCUGUCCUCCGUGGGCCUGCACAGCCAGGCGCUGUUCAACGCCCUCCUGACUCUGCAGAGCUACCUGGUGUGUUUCAACGUGAGACACUUGUCCCCGGCAGCCAAGCGGAGGGCCUGCGGUGUCCUGGCCAGUGGCCUGGCCUGGCUGGCGGCUGCUCUGCUGGCGCUGCCCAAGGUUCUGCUGUGCACGGCUCAGGGGGCCAGCCUGGGGGCCAGGUGCCCCUGCAGCAGGCUUCCCUUCCUGCCGGGCCAGGGGAUGGCCUGGCAGCCCUUUCUGACCUUGAAGGUGACUGUGGCGGGCCUUCUGGCCCCACUGCUGGUUUUUAUCAUUUGCCUUGUGCGGCUGGGAAAAACGCUGAGGAAGCCUGACCUUUUCCGGCUGGUUUUCGCCGUCGUGGUUGUUUUCCUUCUGAUGUGGGGACCCUACAACGUGGCGCUGUUCCUGUCUACGUUCAAGGACUCCUUCUCCCUGCGGGACUGCGGGAGCCGCUACCUCCUGGACAGGAGCAUCCAGGUGACGGGCAUCAUCGCCAGCACCCACUGCUGUGUGAGCCCGCUCCUCUACGUGCUCCUCAACAAGGCGUUCCAGAGGCGCCUGUGCCCUUGCUGCUGCUCACUUCCGCCCGCCGAGGACCCUGUACAAGAUAUGCCAGGGGACGAGUGUGACUGCUCCACUGAACUGUAAACCGGCUUCCAUCAAGCUGGACAAAUAAACAUCGCUUUUGUGUCCUGG